CCGGAUGUAAACAAAGAUGGAGUUUGAGCAGGCCCAAAAUAACGUUUAAAUUAAUCACUUAAACAGUAAUAUUGGGGAUGAUUGCAAACUAGAUGAUGCGAGGGCGAAUUCAUAACUAUAAGAGGACAGCUUUGGUCAAAAGAUCGUAACUUUUAACCAUGACAGAUUCGUGAAAACAAAUUCUAAAUUCAACAAACAAAUUUAAUUCAAAUUGAAUAAAUACAACCAGGCUAUUCAGACAUUUGAAUCUAUUGAAUGACAUUAAUCAAAAUGUGCUCAAAAGCUGAAGAGCAAAGUAUGAAAAUUAUUUCUGAAAAGGGGAGCACCUCCAAUAAAGAAAAUGAUGCUGAUGAUAUCUGGGAAGAUAGUUUGGAAGAUGAUUAUUUAGUCGCUGCAGCUGAUUUCUUUGAAGAGAGGGCCAAGCUACCUCAAGAUCCUCUACAUACAAUUAGAGGAGGAAUGUUGUGGGUGACAGACUUUGUUGGCCAGGCCUGGUGUGAACAGCAGAUGUUCUACAAGUUAAGACCUCCCCUUGAUGAGAUGGGGGAUGUGAUCAUUGAAGACCUUGCUAAUAAACCAUCUGUUAAAGCUGGAACUGACAUGCAUGCUGAAAGAGAAUUAGAGAUUCAGACACCAGUUCAAGUUGAUGUAACCUGUAGAGAAGACAAAUAUGCUAUCAAGCUACUAAACAUGAUUAUAGCAGCUAACAGCCUAAUGCAGGGACAUUCUCGACGUGAAAUUCCCAUAUUUGGUAUGCCAUCAAAUCAUGGCGUGUUCAUUGUUGGUAUAAUUGAUGAAAUUCGUUGCGAUCCAAAUACUCAGGAACUUGAUCUCGUGGAGUUCAAAACUAGAGAAAGUAAUUCCACUCCCGGGAAUGCUCAGAAAAAAACUCAUGAAAUGCAGUUGUGUAUUUACAAUCAAAUGUGGGAUGAGCUAGUCACUGGAAAAUUUUAUGAUAAAGAAGCUUAUGCUCAUCACCUAAGACUCGACCUUACAGCCGAACUCGGUGCUGGUGUCCUCAAUGAAAUUAGAAGUGCAACAAUAGAUGCCUUCCAUGUUAAAAACUUAGAUCAACUAUUGGAUGUAUGUUUUUCCCAUAUGCGACAUCUGACAUGUAUCAACCAAAUAUAUAUUGAAUACACAUUCCAGAGAGAUAAGUCCUUGAUUGGUAUAGAAGAAGUUUUAUUUAAUGAGAAGGUGUUCAAUCAAAAGAUGGCGCAUGCUAUAUCAUAUUGGAAGGGGGAGCGCACAAUAGAUGGCGUUGAUAUUGAAGAUGCUUGGAAAUGUAAAAAAUGUGACUUCGGUGAGGUGUGUGUGUGGAGGAAGAAAAAGGCAGAAGAAUGUGCAGAAAAGAAUAAUAACAAGAGGCUUCGUGUCCAAUAGUUCAUUGUGAAAUAUCUCAGUCUACAGUAUUGUUCAAAACCUUUCUGAUUAAUACCUGACAUAAACCCAAUUCUAAAGUUUCCAAUAGUGUUCUGUCAACCAUUACAUGCCAAAUGGCACUUCUCUGUCCAAUAGUUUGAUUUCACUUCUUAAAAAGAUAACUUCUUGUACACUCUGACUUGGCGGAAAUCCUAGGGGGUCAUCAGAUCAUAUUAAAAUAUUAGCAUUAUCAUUAUUUGUACUUUUCAGAGCAUAGUUAUUUGUGCUUAGCUCUGUGCCUCCGAGUAAAAAUAUGCACACAUAUUUAUGGUACAAAGACUGAUUAAACAGUCAAGACAGGUUUACUGUAACACCAACAGAGCAUUGUAUUACCAGUCUGUGCAUUCAUCCUGUGCCAAAUGAGGUUUCAAGAACAUAACAGCAAGAUAUAGAAUUGAAAUCUUGGGUGUGUAUCUCCCCCUCCAAUAGCAGAAAAACGUUUUUGUACAGUGUAGAAACAGACAAUUUGUUAGAGCAUCUUGCUAUAGCUAAUUUGUU